AUGUGGAUGACUGACAAAAGAUAUUUUGUACUUACAUCACGUGCUGUUGCUGUGCGACUGGACUUGAUCUCAAAAGUUCAUGGGUUAGAACAAGUAGAAAAUUAUUUCAAUAAUAUUCCGGAAAAUUUAAAAGGACUUGAGAGUUAUGGUGCACUUCUCAACUGCUAUGCCUAUUUAAAAUCUGUGGAAAAAGCAGAGGCUUUGAUGCAGAGGAUAAGGGAAUUGGGUCUUGCCAGGACAUCCUUAAUUUACACAGUUAUGCUGAACCUUUAUUACAAAACUGGAAGCACUGACAAGCUUGACUCUCUGAUGCAAGAAAUGGAAGAAAAUGGCAUUUGUCAUGAUAAAUUUACGUAUUCGAUACGCCUAAGUUCGUAUGCAGCUGCUUCUGACAUUGAGGGAUUAGAGAAGACUCUAAUAAAGAUGGAAUCUGAUCCGGAUGUUGUUUUGGACUGGGCCACUUAUGCUGCUGUGGCUAGUGGUUAUACAAAAGUUGGGCUUAUGGACAAAUCUCUGAAAAUGCUGAAGAAAUCCGAGAGACUGGUUGCUGGGGAAAGAAGAAGCACACCAUAUGAUGCCCUUAUGACACAAUAUGCCACUGCUGGGACGAAAGAUGAUGUCUUGAGGAUUUGGGCACUUUACAAGAAGAAUGUUAGGAAUCGGAGAUAUAAUAGUAUCAUAACCUCUCUGUUGAAGUUUGAUGACAUUGACUAUGCAGAAAAGAUUUUUGAGGACUGGAAAUCCCAAAAUAUGUGUUCUGAUAUUGUUAUUUCGAACUACCUUAUUGAUGCUUAUUCUAGGAAAGGUCUUUUGGAGAAGGCUGAAACACUUCUGCAGAAGGCAAUAUCAGAAGGUGCAAAACCUAAUGCAAAGACAUGGUAUUCGUUGGCAAAAGGGUAUCUUCGGCAUAACCAAAUUCCAAAGGCAGCGGAAGCAAUGAAGGAAAUGAUGGUCUUAUCUGGACCAAAUGGAAAACCAAGCACUAGAAAUUGGGUUCCCUGUCUGCAGCUCUUGAUAGAGUGUGGGGACCUGGAUGGUGCAGAGGGCUUCAUAAAUUUACUCAAGGAAAAAGAGAUUAUUUCUUGGCAUAUUCAAGACAAAAUGUUGAGUUAUAUUAAAGAUGGGGACUCGAACUUAGAUGUUUUAAGUGUAGUCAAAGGUGGUUCUUUCGAUGGAAUCAGCAUCACACAUGAGUUUCCAAGUCCAGAUCAGACAGUGAUGCAGUGUCAAGUCGAGGAAUGCGCUGAGGCUUGA